AUGGAUAAAGGCGGGUUGCGGAAAAAGGGUGUAGGGUUUUGGGGCUCGGGCAGGCGGGUUCGAGCAAAACAAGGUUCUGCAAGUGGUGGGCUCCAAUAUGAAAGGAAAGCGAGGAAGAAGAAGGAUCAGAGACGAGCUAGGAGGAGGAAGGACAGUGAUGAGAGUGAUGAGGAUAGCAAGGAUGAGAAGAGGAAGAAGGAGAAAGCAAGACGACGACGGAGGAAGCAGGAAAGCGAUAGUGAUGAUGAGUGCCGACGGAGGAAAAAGAAGAAGACGAACAAGAAAACUAAAAAGAGGAUGGAUACCGACGACAGUGACGAGAGCAGUUCAGAAGACGAGAGAUCGAGGAAGACCUUCACUCUUGUCUUCUCCCUUCAUCCCCCUCGGCUCCCCCCUCCUCAAUCCCUGUCUCUACAUCCGCUACCUCGGGUUAGCAGACAAUCCCAUCCAGCGCCGGAGGCUGCCCUCGUUCUGGUCGUAUCCGUCGCCCACGGAGACUUUGCAGCAUUGAUGUUGCACUCAUUGUGA